CGUUGAGCCGAUCCGAUGCCGAUCUUUUGCACCACGCGAUUUUCAUCUUAUUCAAGUCUAUGUACCUACGCGCUAAAAUAGUGAGCUUGUGUACAAAAUUUAGUGAAUUGUGAAAAUGUAUAGAAAUAAGCUGGACGUCGAUAAGCACGUGGAAAACUUGAUAUCCAAACUAUCUGCGAAAGAGUUCAAGACACGAGCUUAUUCAGUGGCGAGACUUUAUUUUGAAGUGGGAGACUAUUCUAGUUGCAAGCAAUACGUUGAACAAUACUUGACUCAAAAGGACAACAAUGCGGCUGCAUACAAACUGCUCGGACAGGCUUUGCAAAAAUUGGGCCAGAAAGAAAAAGCUCUUGAACAGUUUAAAACAUCUCUUGAUAUUGACCCCACGCAAACAAGUACUAUUCUAGAUAUUUGUGAGCUACUUGCUGAAGAUGAAAUUGCUAUUGACAUAGGACGAGCCAAGUAUUGGUAUGAAAAAGCAGAAGCUACAUUCCUGAGGCAUCCAGUUACUUACAAAUUACGUGAAAAACUAGUGACCAUCACCAAUCCAGACCCAGCGGCACUCGUUACUUUGUUAACCAAUGAACUAGCAGUUAGACCUAAAGAUGCAGUACUUCAUUUAAGACUUCUUAAACAUUUCUUGCAAUCAAAUCGAGUCAGAGAAGCUACAGACCACGCUAGUAAUGUGGAAUUUGGCAGAAACAACUUUCUCAACAAUAAUUUAUGGUAUGAAACACUUAUAGAGGUCACCAAGCAUAAUUCUUACAACAUAAAUGAUUGGCUCAAUCAGUUAUUUCUACUUACAGUCAGAGAACGCAUUUGCAUUUUAAGUCUAACAGAAACACCAAGUGGCUUAUCUAAGAGUUUAGUUGAAUCAAGUGAAUUCUUACAUGCUUAUGAUCAAGCAAUAGAGGCAGUAGCAAAGGCUGGGGCCCCUCCUGGAUUUGUUGAAUUCCAUUCAAGUUUAUUACAACACCAUAGGGGUCAAUUUGCAUUCCAUGCAGCUACCCUUUUAUUAAAAAAAGCUAAAAAAGAUCAAUUAAGCUGGAAACAUGCUACUUCAACUGCCACUCCUCUCAUGUUGAUUGCAUGGCAUACAGCACCUGUAGAUCCUAAAGUAAACUGGUUUGCUAACAGCCCUGAAAAGCAACAACAAGCAGUGCACCGUUGGUACACAGAAGGAGCUUACAGGUGCUCUCAAUCUGGACAUUACCUACUUGCCAACAUAAAAGAAAAAAAUCAAACAAUCUUAGAUCAAAUAUCUCAAAGUUGCUCUGGUACACAUUGGAGGGAUAAGUUCUAUGAAAAGAUUUUUACAGGCAGAGGACAUUUAGCAAAGAUCAGAUCUUCUCAUUUAGCUUCAGAUGCGUUUGUUUCUCCAACUCUAAGAUUACCAAGAAGAAUUGAAGUUGAAAUGUAUGAUAUCAAUGCUCAACAGCAAUUUGCCAAUUCUCUCCAUCACUUUGUCUGGACAUUAUUGAACUAUAAAAACUAUGCACACUUUAAGUGUACCCUUUUUGAUAUGUUGAAGCCCAUUGCAACUACUUGUGGCCCUGAGACCCUCAACAAAUUGGAUAUCCAUGCUUUUCUUUACUGUGCUGCUAUAACAGCUGGGCAGCAAAAAGCUAAUCAUUUGACUUAUUUAUCUGACAAACCUCCUGUGAUACCUGCUCAUAUUACAGACUUAUUAUGUUCUUUGCUUCAAAUGAAAUGGUGGGAUUGUGCUUAUAAAUUCAGCCAAAAUGAAUUAGGAACUGAAUUAACAGAUAUUCGUGCAACAAUAAGUCGAGGAAUUGAAGUUGUUCGAUGUGUGGAUAGCCAUGGUUUGGAUCCUGAGUUAUUAUGUUCUCUAGGUCGCAUUUUUAGUGAGAAGGCAAAAUUAACAACAGGCAUAGAUGAAAAGACAAGUCUUGAAGUAAGAGCUGGGUUAUAUUACUCCACUGCAAUACCAUUGCUUGAAAAGUUGAAAAGCAAAAUAGUUAUUAAAGUGUCUGAGAAAAGAAUGUUUGAUUAUACACACAAGGAAUUGAACACAAAAGAAUUGAUGGCUUUAAUUAGUGAAAGUAAACUUUUUGUUGCAGUUAAUUACUUAAAUGAUUGUGAAUACGAUAAGGUUAUUGAAAUUCUAUCUAGUUUGAAAACACCUCAAGCAUAUUAUUUUCUAAGCCAAACAUACAAAAAAAUUGCUUUGGAAGAAAUCAACAUGUCUACUGAUAGUGAAACAAAAUCCAAAUGUUCUGCUUUAUUAUCUAAAGCUAAAAAUUAUGCUUACAAAACUAUGGAUUUGCUUAAAAAUAUGGAAACAAAUAAAAGUAACCCUUUGUAUACUGAUACCCAGUUAUUAAUAGAAGAUAUUGAAAUUCAAAUAAAUAAAAUUGAUCCUGAAUUAUCAGGUAAUAUUGUAAAUGAUUCAGAUGGCCGAUAUUUAUCUGAUGAGAAUAUUUCACUAGCUGUUGGUGAUUCUAUUCCACUACGUAAAAACUCUCACGCAUUACGAAACCUUAGUUCCACACCAAAACAGCCACUUAAUCCCAAUUCUACCAAUUACCGAACAGCUGUAGAUUCCCACAUACUCGAGAAUUCAAGAGUAGAUCAACCUUAUUUAGAAAGAAUUGAACAUGAAAUAAAGAAUUUGCAAAAAAGAGAUGCGACAAUCAAUGACUUUAUGGAACAAACUAAAAUGUGGUUUGACGAAAACCGUAAACUGGGCAACCAAAUUAUCAGUACAAUUCAUUCUAAUAUUCAAAAUACAACGGAUCAAUUUAAACUCCUGAAGAUCUCAGUAGACCAAGUAAAAGAUCAAAUAGAUGAAUGUAGAAAUGAAUGUAAAGAUGUUGGGGAUUUAAAAAAACAAAUAGCUGAAUUGAAAAAAGAAGUAAACAAAUUGAAGAAGGCUUCAUCAGAGCAAACAAUUGAUGAAAGUGAAUUAUAUAAUUUGGAUGAUGACUACAGGACUAAUGAAAGCACUUCAAGUUUUACACCUCAACUACCACUUCAACAAAUGAUACCGCCAUUCAAUCAACGACUUGUGCCCCCAUUCCCACUGCCUUCUAAUCCUUACCAAUUAUAUGGUCAAAAUUUUUAUAAUCUUUAUAACCAAUACUCGCAAUUUACACAGUCUGCACAAGUUCCGGGAACAACUCCAAUGUUUGAUCCUACUAGGACUCCUAUGAGUUAUGCUGGAAUAUUUCCAACGCCAGAACAGAUGUAUUUAGAUGUCACUCAGCUUGUUCCACCUAGUGUUCCCCCUCCAACAGCAUCUGCAGCGCCUCCAAUCCCGCCAGUGCCUGCUGUGCCUCCAAUACCAUCUGUGUCAACUGUGCCUCCUCCAGCACCAGCUCCAACUGUGACAUCAAAACAUUUGGAGACUAAAGACAACACGCGAUCUCUACCUGUAAAUGUUGUAAUAACAUCUUCGGAUCCACUUCCAACAUGUACCACGGCACCUGCACCUAUUCUUAGUGUGACUAUCCCAUCCAAGCACAUAAAAGGCACUACUGUACAUAAUUAUCAAAUACCAAUGCCAUCAACGAAUGAAACUAAGAUGACAACACCACCAAUAUUUAGCUUUCCUUCAAAUGGAAACAAAUCAACUAACACAACUAAUUCCCCCUUUUCUUCUUGGAAUCAGUCGAGUGUGUUUAAAACUUCUCAAUCCCCAGCAGUUAGUACAUCUAAUGAGUCUAUGCUUAAUAUGACAAAAUCAUUUGGUGAUGGACAAGAUAAUUCAACAACAGUUGUUGAUGGAGUAUUUACUCCUGACACUAGUCUGAACAAAUCAAGGACUUUAUCAGAGAAGAGCAACACUUCUCUAGAAAACUAUGACCCCUGUCCUGAUUUUAAACCAAUCGUCCCAUUACCGGCAGAAGUGAAAGUGACAACUGGCGAAGAAGAUGAAAGUGCUGUGUUUACUUCAAGGGCUAAAUUGUACCGGUUUGUGGAUAAACAAUGGAAAGAAAGAGGAAUUGGCGAAAUCAAAUUAUUAAAGCAUAAAAUUACUGGGAAAGUAAGGGUAUUAAUGAGGAGAGAGCAGGUGCACAAAAUUUGUGCUAAUCAUAUAAUAACACCUGAAAUGGAAAUAACACCAAUGAAAAACGAAGUAAAGGCCUACAUUUGGAUGGCUAAUGAUUUUUCUGAUGAAACUCUUGUUUUGGAAAAGUUCUGUGUUCGCUUUAAGACUGCUGAUAUAGCCAAAGAAUAUUAUGAUGCUUUUGAAAAGGCUAGGCGAGAGGCUUCAACUCUCACAAAUACUCCUAAAACUGAAUUGAAAACAGAAUCGGAACUGGCAAAAUCAACAUCUAAUCAAAAUGCGACUACGACAUCAGAGACUUUAUCUUUUCGUUCUUCGCAACCAACGAAAACUGUAAUUGGUGGCUUCACAUUUAGCAGUACACCAACAUUCAAACCAGUUGAAAAUGAAAAUAAGAGCAAUACCAAAUCUUCUGAUGCAGCCGCAUCAAAAGUAAAUAUUUUUAGUGGUAUAACAUUUAAGACUACUACCUCUUCUCCAUUUAGUACGAUAUUUAGCUCACCUAAUCAAGUAAUAGCUAAUUCUAAUAACAUAACUUCAAACGAAGAUUCCAAAAUCUUAAAUAACUCUGAUACUGUAGAAGAAUUUGAACCAAAUAUAGAAUUUAAACCUGUUAUACCAUUGCCUGCUUUAAUUGAACAGAAAACAGGGGAAGAAGAUGAAAAUAUCUUGUUCGAACAUAGAGCCAAGUUAUUGAGAUUUGAUGCUGCUAUUAAAGAAUGGAAAGAAAGAGGGCUGGGUAAUAUAAAAUUGCUUGUGCAUAAAGAUAACGUUCAAAAAGUUCGGUUAUUGAUGCGUCGCGAACAGAUUAUGAAGGUCUGUUGCAAUCAUGCAGUUACUAAAGAAAUGGUAUUCCAGAAAAUGCCUAAUAUGGAUAAAGCUGUGACAUGGGGGGCAAAAGAUUUUUCAGAAAAUGAGUUAAUAUCAGAAACAUUUUGCUUGCGAUUUAAAACAGCUAAGAUUUGCGACGAUUUCAUGCAAGCGAUUAAAUCUGCUCAAUCUAAAAUGAAAGAAAAUACAAAAGCCGUAAAAGAUGAACAAAAUGCCGCUAGGCAAAGUAACCAAAUAGGAUUUGGCGAUAAAUUCAAAGCUAAAGCUGGUUCAUGGUAUUGUGAAACAUGUUAUACAAACAAUUUAGAAGAUUAUCUUAAAUGUGCAUGUUGUGAGCAGCCAAAACCAAAAAGCUCAGAUAAGCAAAAUAAUGAUACAACUUCUUCAGUGUCAUCAUCAUGGGGAGAAGCAUUUAAACCGAAGCCUGGCUCUUGGGAAUGUACUCAAUGUUUAAUACGUAAUGAGGCCAAUGUUGAAAUUUGUAAUGCUUGUAAUAGUCCCAAAGAUGGUUCAGGUCCAAAAGCUUGUGCCAAACUUACAUCAAAUGAUGCACCGAAGUUUUCAUUUGGUAUUCCUCAACAAACUGCUGCAAGUGUUCAAAAAUCUGGACCUGUUGAACGAAAGGAAGCUAUUAUUUCUGGUUGGGGCGACAAAUUCAAAGCUAAGGAAGGGUCAUGGGAAUGUAAAGAAUGUUAUGUCAGAAACGAAACUACAUCUGAUUAUUGUAGCGCUUGUAAUAAUCCCAAAGACCCCAAAGUGAAUAAACAGUCCAAUAACGUUUUUGGCAUUACAACAUCUGUAUCCAAAUUUAGUUUUGGUAUCCCUGCUGCUAAAAAUAAUGAAACAUCUCAAGCUCAAGCAACUUCCAUCUUUGAUGGCACUGGUACACACAAGUUUAGUUUUGGAAUUCCUUCAACCGGCCAAGAUAAAUCUCCAGUUAUUAUAUCAUUCGGCGAUACAAAGUCUGCUUCUAUAUUUGGGACACCUAAGUCAUGCAGUGGAAAUGAACAACCUGUCAACUUUAGUAUAAAAAAGAAUGAAGCGGAUACAGCAUCAACUGCAAAGCCUGCAUUACUUCCUACGCCUAAUAUAGAUUCUAAUUCAAGUGCACUCCGAAAAGAAGGUGGAACUUUCGACUUUGUGUUCAAACCUAAGACUCCGCCUAAAGGAAAAAGUCCCAUGAAGUCGCCUAAGACUGAGAAGGGUGAAGACAGUGAUGACAAUGAAUAUGCCUCUGAAGAUGAAGGGCACCACAUCCACUUUAGUCCAGUCAUACCUAUGCCUGAUAAAGUAGAUGUAGUUACUGGUGAAGAAAACGAAACUGAGUUAUAUGGUCAUAGAGCAAAGCUGUUCCGAUUCACAACAGGAGAGUGGAAAGAACGUGGCAUUGGCAUCGUUAAAAUAUUAAAGCAUAAUGAUACUAAGAAAUUAAGGGUGGUAAUGAGACGAGAACAAGUGCUUAAGAUCUGCUUGAAUCAUGCCUUGACACCAGACAUUAUCUAUUCUCAGAAAGAUGACAAAACCUGGCUUUUUGUGGCCAACGAUUUCAGUGAUGGAGAGCUUAGCUUACAGAACUUCUGUCUGAGAUUUAAGACUAAAGAGAUUGCAUUAGAGUUCAAAGAAGCUGUAGAUAAAGCUCUAGGUAACAUAUCAAUUGAGAAGAUUGAUAGAGGAAUGGCUAAAAAGGAUUCCAGUGAUGAUGUAGUUUUUGUAAGUGAAAUACAAGCCACCACAGAAGAGAAAGAAAAGGCUAAGGAGCUGAUGUUACCUGAAAACUUUUUUACCUAUAAAAAUAAAGCCCCUUGUACAGGGUGCCGUGGUUGCAGCGAAGAGGACCCUAAAACAACUACCACCAGUACAUUAUCAGUUGGAAAUUCGUCACUAAAUCCAGUGAUCUCAAAUGUACCUGCGUUCUCAAAAACGGCAUUGUCUUCAAUCUCUACACCUACCAGAACUUCUACAUUUGCUUUUCAGAGUCCAACAACCUCUUUGUAUGGUACUCCGAACGCAUUUGACAAAACAACUGAUAAUUCCAUGUUCAGAACACCAUUAGGAUCAAUUGGCUCUAAUACAAAGAGUACACCCACAAUUCAAAAUAACACUGUUGCUGAUAAUGACUCUAUGGAUAAGGAAAAUGCACAAAAAACAGUUCUCUCUAGUAUUGGUGAACAAAAAACUUUAUUUGGAACUCCACCAUCAAAACCUAACAUAUUCGCAGGCACAGACUCUCAGACACCAGUUAGCACAAAGACUAAUUUAUUAGCAGCACCCAAAUUAAAUACUUUAAAUACAUCUACGGAAGACAAACCAAGUGUUGAAUCUAAAUCUGUAUUUGGAUCAAUACAAACAACUGCUAAUGAACCUAAAUCUUUAUUUGGCUCAAUGAAAUCCAAUAAUAGUGAAAAUAAGUCUAUAUUUGCAUCAAAUCAAUUUAUUAAUGCAGAAUCAAAACCAAUGUUUGGAUUUACGAACACAUCUUCUAUUUUCGGAAAUACUAAUACAGGGUCAUCUGUGAACAAAUCCAUAUUUGGAUUUUCAUCUGACAAUAAAAAUGAAGGCAAUGAAAAAAACGAAAUUCAUUCUUUAUUUGGUCUAGAUGAUCAAAAACCUGUAAAUUUGUUUAGUAGUGCCAAUCAAGGAGGAAUAUUCGGACCUGCUGCUUUAUCAAAUAAUAAUCAGUCACAGCCUGGUUCUAUUUUUGGAGGAUCUGAUACUAAUGGAACCCGGACUGAGCCAUUCAGUUCCGGGAAAUCCAUAUUUGGUCUGGUUGGAAAUCCAACUGCUCAGUGGACAGGUUCAAAUGUUGACAAAAGAUCAAAUGAGAUUCCUGCUACAAAUGGCUCUGGCGACAAGAAAAAGGAAGCAAAACAGGAAUCUGCUGUAGAGUCGCCUUUCAAAGUCGAUACAAAUCUGUCAUUUGCUGCCUUGUCGUCGAGUAAUCCAGGAGGAUUCCAAAAAAAAGAUAAUUUCCAAUGGGAAGGCGCCGGUCAACAGUUAUUCGGGGUUGGCCAAAAACCCGGUAAAGAGUCAGAUAAAAAUAAGAACGAAAGCGGAGCUGGUGAAGAAAGUUCCGCGGCUGACGAGGAUUACGACCCGCACUAUGAACCCAUUGUACCCUUACCAGAUAAAAUUGUUGUUACAACUGGGGAGGAAGAUGAGGAGAAAAUGUUUGGUGAACGUUGUAAGUUGUACCGUUACGACGAAAAGUCUCGUGAAUGGAAGGAGCGCGGAGUUGGCGAGAUGAAGGUUCUAUACCAUCCAGAAAAGAAGAGUUAUCGUCUUUUGCUAAGACGGGAGCAGGUGCACAAGGCGGUGCUGAACAUGCUACUGUUCAUGGACCUAGAGUUGCUCCCUAUGAAGAACUCCGACCGCGCGUGGACGUGGGCGGGCCGCAACUACGCGGAGACGCCCGCCGGGGAGCAGGAGACACUGGCCGUACGAUUUAAAUCCCCCGACUUGGCCGCCGCUUUCAAGGAUAAAGUCACUGAAUGCGUCAGGAAAUUGCAAGCAUUCGCCGCUCAAGCUAUCAGGGAAGAGAAAGAGUCCACCGGUGGGAAAGCAUUCGAGGUCGUUGCACCUCUGAGGUUGCCCAAACACUUGGCCGACAGCGCACGCGCAGACAACGCGAUGUCGGCCAAAGUGGCUGAGGUGGCUGCGGCGGCUUCUGCGACGGAUGACAAGCAGGAGAACGGUGAUAGCGCCGCCGUUACUGAAAUAUUCAAGCAGGUCCACUUCCAGGAGCCCAAGGAGGACGCCCAGGACGAAGAAGACGACGAAGAUGAGGAGGAUUACGAGGACUAUGACCAGAAUGACCAAUAUGAUGGCUAUUACAAUGAGGACGACGAGGAAUCAUCAACAUACUACUCGUGCGACGGCGAAGUCGUGGUGAAGCAAGGCGACAUCGAGACGGUGUGUCCGACCGGCCACGUCCGCGUGCUGUACGACCAGGACAUGUACUCCCCAAAGAUCCUAGUCACGGACUCGGCCACUGGAGAGAUCCUGGCUGAUAUGCUUAUACACACCGAUACUGAAUUCCAGAUGAACGGCGACACGUGCGUGUGGUCCGGCACCGACUACACCACCAACGACCCCAUCAACAAGACCGUCACCGUCAACUUCCACGACAGCGAGUCAGCGCUGCUCUUCUACGACAGUUGCGAGACGAGCAAAGCGGCCACGACGUAUACGUCGACAGACCCGGAUUCAUAGAUAUUUUAAUAUAAAUAUAAAUUAGUAUUGUAAUUUUUAAUUGGCAUAGUUUUUAAACGAUUUAGUUUUUAAGCCUUUAUUUCCUGUACCAUGUUUUCAAGUCUUACAGACUAAAAAAUUGUUAGAACAGUGUUUCUGUUAUAUCUGUUUUUAAUCAUUCAGAUCUCAAUGAUAAAGGAUUGUUUUUUUUUAUUUAAUCAUCUUAUAUUACUUUCGACAUUUUGUAUUAUGAAUAAAAAGCAAACAGAAAAUAAUAAAUCAUAAAUCUUGAUAUGUAAUUUACAUAAUAUUUAAAUAUUUUUUGUUUUCAAAUCUUAGACUGAUUUUUUAUUUUAUAAUUUAAAGAGCAUCAGAAUUAUGUUUUUUACAGUAAUGUUAAUUUGGUUGUUAAAACAUUUAGAAAAUAUUAUAUGUUUCUCUUGCAAAAGAAAAAAAAAAGGAAAAAAUUAACCAUAAACAUAUUAUUACAUAACUAUAAAUUAUGAAUAUGCACAUGUUUGUGAGGCAUUCGGCGGUUGUAAAAUUUGCCUUAUCUCAAAAGACAUCUAGAUUCUUUUAUCUCGCAUGAUUUUUGAUGAAUCCAUCGUUUUACCUCUAAUCAUCAAUAGGCACUGCCAAUAACAAUUGUAGGUCGGAUAACGACAGGUCUGAAUUUAAAAAUAUUAUUGUUACGUAUUUGUAAAAGAUCUAACCAACGGUCUAAAAUGCACAUGUAAAAUCGGUAUUUUGUUGAUAUAUUAAAUUUGUUAACAUGAAUGUUCUUAGUUGGUUAGGUCUUUUUGUGUUUGUAUGUUACAGCUACGAUUACAAUAAUUAAUCUCAGUGCAUGAUAACAGUCCCGCAGUGGCUUGUAUUGCUACGCGUAGUUGGCCUUUGUUCACAAAAUUCAUUUGUCAUUACACCUUUAUAAUAGACGUGUGGCAACUGAAUGUUUGGUCGUAUUCUUAGCCGUAAAGAAAUUUUUUAAUUUAAUGAUUUACGCGAAUGUAGUUAAAUCCUUUAUUGGUUUUAAUUUAUAGUUUGCUUCACAAUAAGGAUGAUGACAAGGUCUUAAAACAAUAUUAAUUAGUGAAUAACAUGAUAGAAUACACGUAAUUAAAUACGUAACGUGAAUUUUAAGUUUUAAUUUUCACGCCCUAUACAAGUAGUUUCACAUUCAUUCAAAGUACAAUGGGAAAGUCCAUUUAACUAUUACUUAAAAAUAACUAUGCCAGGAGUAAAUAAACCAAAAUAUAGAAUAACUUUUAUUAAGACAUCAAAUCCAUGAACGCAAUAAUUAAGGUAGCUGCCAUACAAAUAAAGUUCAUGACGUCACACUUGAGUAGCGUUUUGUAAGAGGCGUUUUGGACGAGUCCAAAUAAUAAUGUGUUAUAUUAUUAUACUUCGCAUAUCUCAGGUAGAUUAUUGUUUAUUGAUGCCAUUAUUUGACCAAUGUUUUAGUUGUAAAACUAAAUUCACACGAAAACAAAAAACAUCGUCAUCAUGCCUAUUACAUUUAUUUUUUCACGACCAAAAUAUUAGUGAGUUUUGUGAAUACAGGUAUUAGGAAAUAUUUCUUCUAAAUAAAUACCAUAUUUAAAUUGAAAUGAGAAAGGGAGUGUUUUUUAGGUUUGUUAUUUUUUUAUUGAAUUGUAUUACUAAUAUUAUGCAAAAUAAUUUGGACUGUAGUAUUUCCUUUUCUCAUUUGAAUUGUGAUAUAAUGUAACUUAAUUGAACAAAUAAAAACAUAAAAACCACUUUCACAUAUUUUAUUUAUGAAAGACAAUGACAGAGACACACACAGACACCAAACAUUUUUUAUGUAUAAAACGUUCGUAAGACUCUUUCGGACCAUAAUAUCCACAUCCUAAAAUGAUCACUUGACAUAAGGACCACAUCCCAGAAUAUUGAAUCCCCGUUAUAAGUAAUCUCGUAUUAAACUUUGAAGACACAAUACACUCUAAACUUGUCUUUAGCCAAGAUUCUUGAAAAACUUCACAAAUUCUACUUUUUAGUCAGAACUUGUUGCUUGGCAGUUUUGUCUCACACACAACGAAUUGCAUUAUAUUAAAAUCUUCGUUUCGAUAUCAAAGGAAUUUACUUGUAAAAUAAAUUAUAUACAUUUUAAUAAAGUAAUAAAUUGCCUGCGGACCAUUAAAGGGCGAGUAACUUGUGAGUGGGCUGAGGUUAUCUCUGCCCUGAUUUCAGAUUUUUUUGAUCUUUAUUAAUCUGUGGUUUUGAGAAAAUAUAAAUGUAAUGUAUGUUGUGUCAGUCAAUUGGCAAUCAGUAGUCCUGAUCCUUCGCAAAUAUUUUCUCCUAUUUUGGAAUUAUAUAAAUUUACUAUAAUUAUAGAGU